AGAGUUACCUCCCCUGUUCCACACUCAAGCCCGUCUCAAUUUGCCUUUCGGUCAAAACUGUGAACAUCUCAUUCCGAGUAUUUAGGCCACCUAUACCAAUGGUCAGUCAGCAUGUUGGGUUAUGUAUGUCGACAAAUCGGGCUCAGAGUUACUUCUCAGCAACUUAAACGAGUUUGCAGCCGCAAGUGCUCGUCAGUGACCGGUGCGUCAUCAGACAUGCACCUGCACUGGGCGUCAGGGAGUGCUCCGUGUUGGAAGGUGAUGCUCGUCCUGGAGGAGAAGGGAGUGAGAGAUUAUCCCAACAAGAGGCUUAGGUUUACGCUGGAGGACCUCAAGUCUGAUGAGGUUGUCAAACUGAAUCCGCGAGGGCAGGUGCCGAUCUUCCAAGAUGGCAGCACUGUGUUAAAGGAAUCCGGUGCCGUAUGUCUAUACCUGGAGCACAAGUUUCAGAAGCAGGGCACCACUCUCCUCCCUGAUGAUUACUCACUCCGAGGCGCGGUGCUGCAGAGGAUGUUUGAGACAGACAACAUUGGCCUCAUCAUCAUGAAGAAGGUCGCUCAUGUGCGGUUCCUCUUCCCCAAGGACAAGAUUGACGAGGACAAAAUGAUACCCAAAUACAAGGCUGCUCGGAGAGAGCUGCUUCUGUGGGAAGGCUAUUUGUCAGACAAAAGUGAUUUUCUCGUCGGAAAUAACUUUACCAUGGCGGAUGUCUUUCUGUUUCCAUAUGUGGCUUUCUUUGUACGAUAUGGCCUUGACAUUGAAAAAUACCCCGCGAUGCAGGCCUAUUACAACAAGGUCAAGGACAGACCAUCAGUGAAGACAACGUGGCCACCCCACUGGACUAAUGGACAAGGUGACUCGUCCGUGUUAGGAUCCAUAUGAAGAGAUGGUCGAAAAGUAUAGAGGAUUGAGAUAAACUGAUACUACAAGCACAGGGGGUUAUGAACGGCUUGGUGGUAUCUGUUUUGAAAUAGGCACCGUUUCAAAGGGAGACCCAUCAAGGCUUGCACAAGUGAUUAUAUUCUGUAUUAAACCUACCGAGAAUAUAAGUGGGGUUACAGCCGGACAAGGUAGCUGAUGGGCCAUUUUUGCUCUUCGGAUAUUGAUCAAAUAAUUGAAUAAAUUAGGAAUAUUUUUACAAAUAAUCAUGACGGUUGUGUGUUCACUUGUAUGAGAAUUCGACGUUGUUCAUUUCGUCUUUUGCAUGUUAGGACUGGUAACAAUGCUGAAUGAAUGGGUUGGGGUGUGCCGACCAGUCUUACCAAUUUGAUUUUCUUUCGAGAUAAAAUGGUAAAAACAUAGAAAAACAAUAUUCAUCUUGGAUCACGGAAUUGCUCAUCAUUACAAGUUCGAAAACUUCCCCAGCUUGAAUAAUAGACAUUUCCAGUGACCAACUAGGGCCUUCAUGCUACCUUGUUCUGUGGGCCUGCUAUUCCAACACUGACCACGCAUACGGCCUCAUCUACGUCAUGCUGUAUCACCUAACAGUAUUAUGAAGGUCGCCGACACUGACCCAAUAUGACGAUUGGAUAUAGAAUCGAGAGAUACAGAUGGUCGAGUCAUAAAAUAUUAUGUAUAUUUGUGUAAAAGUGUGUAUGUUUUGUUUUGAUAAUAAAUAAUGUUUUAAAUACAAACAGGCGGGUGUAUAUAAGGUCAUUUUUGGAAUGUUCUACGUCUUUACACUAAGACAAACAUCGUUUGUUUUUUUACGAGUGGGAGAAGGUUCUUACAGACAGAAGCUGGCUUCUUCGUAAGAGUUAAUGACAGUUGGGAGUUAAUAAAUAGUUCGGGUCUGUAUUUCCUGUGAUGUUGCAAAACUACUGAUGCUGUCUCUGUUCAAUUAGGCCAAUUAGUAAUCAUUGCUAGAUCGAUCUCGAUCAGAUAGAUUUUUCUCAACAGUAAUGUAUAUUGUUAAACAAUAAACCAAGCUCGUGCUCUCACUUUGA